AUGGAGAUCAUUAUUACGAUCCUUACGCUGUUGAUUGAUCCUGUUGACAUGAUGCGAAUGUUAGCCGUGAGUCGUACUUGGUACCAUUUUGUUGUUCAAAAUGGCAUUGCAAAAACAGCUUGUGUAAGGAGAGCUCCUAUGCUCAAGAAUACAAGCUACUGUGAUGCAAUUAUGGACCAGGGGAAGAAGCACCAUCUUCCAAGAUUCAAUGAUCUUCGGAAGGAACACAAACUGUACUCAAGCCUCCUUGCUAUUCUGUCAAAAGCAAGUAUGAUUAAUCCAAAGAAUUGCAUUGGGUUUGUCAUCGGAGCUUCUUCUACAAGCCAUUAUAUAGGAAAGAGCAUCAUUCAUGCACUCCUCCCAAACCAAAUGAAUUGGUCGAGCAAAGGGCACACCGACGCUAAUGUGUCUGAGACCAUACUUUUCAAACUCAAAGGCGGAGUUUGCAUAGUAUCAGACAUUCAAAUCCAACCUUCUCGUGGGCAUUAUGGUAAUAGACAAUAUAUAUUCUCCGCUAUGUCAGUCCAAUUCAGCAUGGGGCAUAGUACGUUGCCAAGAUAUCAAACACACCAGGACAUUAACUUGCCGGGGGAUAUAAAGGAUGACCACUUUGUCUGGGGUUAUACAUCGCCUCAAUUCCCCAUGGAACAGAGUCUCCUCAACCAAACAUUUACAUUGCCUGAACCAGUUCUAUGUGUGGGAGGGUUUCUGAAGAUCGAACUCUUGGGGAUGGUGCAAAGAGACCCAAGGAAUAACUUAUACUAUCAUUGCCUGCAUCAGGUGAGCAUCCGUGGCCAGUCCCUCGAACCAGCUUUCGACAUAAAGACAGUUGAAAGGGGCGAACUAAUACUUAGGCACCAACCUUCAGCAGUUAUUGAUGUUUUGAGGCAGAUUCCUCUUCCCUCCACGGCUAUCCUCAGCCAAAUGGCCGUGGCGCAAACGAUGGAAUUUAUGUUUAAUCACCUUUUUCCUCUUUUAGACUUGGACCCAAGUAUGACCUUGGCUCCAGCCCGAAGAUGCGCCAAUAUUCUCCUGGGCUAUAGACCGAAUGAAGGCCGAAAUCGUAGGGAAGACGCAGAGGACUAG